AGAGAGAGUCAAUAAUCUGCCAAUACAGAUGAAUCUCUUCUGCUCUGAUUCACCAGUAACAGGACAGGUCGAUACCACUCCCCCUCUCUCUUUCUCUCUCUCUUCAUUUUCUACACAUCUCCUCUUCGUGAUCAAAUCCUCCGCAGCCGUCAGCAUUCAUGCGUCCUUCCUCGCGCCAGAGAGCGGCCGCUUGGCUGCUCGCGCUGCCGUUGGGGAGAGGAGAGGAAUGCGCGCGCCGCGGCCGCCUGGAGAUGAUCUCGUUUUGGUUGCUGUGCUGGAAGCUAUUGAGAGCUACAGCUGGUCUGAGGAGGACAGCACCUGAACUAACGGACGGUAACCACGACAACAACCUCACUUCCACACAGCCAGAGGAUCCAGCUAUCAUGGAGGUCAGCUCAUCACCUCCUCUGACAGACCUAGACAAGGACAGCUUCUUCAGCUACAACAGCCAGGAGGUGGAGGGGCUCCAGUAUACAGAGGAGGAAAAGGGAGAUGAAUGUGAUUAUCUGGUUUUUGAGAUGGGAGAGAAGGAGAGGGGAGAGCAGCAGGGUGGAAGUGAAGAUGGAGAGGGUGAAGAAGAUUGUGGGAGAAGAGAAACUCAGGGAGAAGAUGAAAGAAGAGGUGUGGUUGAAGGAGAGGAGGAUGGUAGAGGAGAAACUGAAGGAGCUGAGGAACAACGAGAAAUAGAGAUUGAAGUGGAAGAAAAAGGGAAAGUAGGAGAAUCAGAGGCUGAAGAUGAGGAGAGAACCAGGAGAGAUGAUGAUGGGAAGGAAGGCAUGAAAGAAGUGGAUGAAUGGAUAACAGGAAUGUUGGGAGAGAUGAAAGAAGAUCUCUGCUCCAUCACUGAAAAUCCAUCAUGUCCAUCAUCAGUCAUCCCCUCAGGUCCUCCAGAGACCACGUCCCAGGAGGCCUGGGGACACAACCUCAGCCUCGGGGAUGACCUCAGUGACAGCCUCCAGGCAGAGCUGGCUGUUGUAUGCUCUGACAGCGAUGAGGGAGAGGACCAAUGGGGAGCCUCGCCACCCUAUGAUGUCACCAGACAGGUAGAAGGAGGCGGAGCUAUUCUUGAUGUUAAUGAGAGCAGAAAGGCGAACAGAGAAGAGGGCGAGGAAGAGGAGGAGGCCAGGACUGGAGCAGAGGAGGUGGUGGAGGAGCAGGAAAGGAUGGGAGGCAGAGCUAAUGAUGAAGAGGAGAUGAAGGCAAGGGGAGACAUGUCUCCAUCACUCAGCUCAACAGCCAGUUUAACCGAUCUGGACCGGAUGGUUCCUCCAGAUUUUUGUGUGAAACAAGAGAACCUCAGCGAGAAUGUCUCCACUGAGCAUGUGGACUUUAUGUUGGCUCGCCAGCAAUGGAGGAAGAUGGAGGAGGAGGUCAAAGGCCAGCCCACCCCCAAACCAGGACUGGCAGUUCAGGGGAGUUUCCAGGGCACCCACACUUCAUUAUACCCCCCUACUCGCAGCCCCCGCCUCAAACACAGGGAAAUUCAACCCUCCACAUCCAAAGAAGCUCCUCCUUCCUCCCUUUCCUACGCCAGUGAUGAGGACUCUUCCUGGAAUGACUUGUCAUUCCGCAGCCCCCUGGAGGAGCUGGAGAGUGCUGUGGAAAGAGAGAUCAGACUGACUCUGGAGAGAGAGGAACAGCACCGCAGGGAAAGGGGGAUGAUCCUGCAGGGCAUGACUUUACCCAGACCAUCCACCCUGUCGACAGCACAAUCUCCCCCCAGACCUCCCGCCUGCCGGACCCCUACUCUGUCCAUCUCACCAUCCUCUUCAUCUCUCCCUCGAUCAAUGUAUCAUGAGAUGACAGCCAAUAACGUCAUUAUCCUGGAGCCCGACUCCUCUAGCUCCGCCUCCAGGAACCGCCUCCUCUCCUCCGGGAUUGGCGGGCGUGGCAAUUUACCCGCUAGCUUGGACGUGAUGUCCUCCGGUAACGUCAUCGUCGUGGAGACCUCCAACCUGAUCAUUCGCAGCACUUCGGAGUUUUGUCUGAGCUCGGCGCCUGUUUCCAUGGAAACGCAGGAGAGCACUUUCACCUCCAACCCAUUUUUUAAGCUGCGCUCCAUCAGCAGCCAGUCCCUGGUGGAGCAGGAGAUCAAGAUGGUGAGGCACAGGGAGGAGGAAUGGAGAAGGCAGAGGGAGGAGAUGUGGAGGAGGAAAAGAGAGGAGGAGUGGAGGAGAGGGAGAGAGAGGUACGAUACUGUGCUGGUGUCCCCAGGCCUCCAUGAAAACAUCACUUUCAACGUGCCAGAGGUUCCAGACAGAAGUGUCUCCUCACCUUCAUCCCCCUCCAGGUCCCGCAAGAUGGAACGAUCUAGUUUGUCAUGUGACCACAAGUUUCCCCCUUCCCUCUCUGCAGGACCUCGACGGCAGAAUGCCAUGGCGCAGCGAUGGGAGGCCUCCUUAUUGGCCAAUCAGAAGAAGGAGUAAAGCAACAAUUGUGCUCAUUUGUCUUUUUAAAAGUCAGAAUGAAGUCCUACAUCUGUGUCUUUCUCCCUCUGACCCAGUAAGUCUGUCAGGAGCCUCGUAGCUGCAGGUUAGAAUCAUACUGGGGGAAAUGUCUGUUGUCUGCCUGGUGACAAAAGAAAGAGACUUUGUCUUUCAGUAAACUUUGUUUCCAAUAUUACAACCAUUAAUUGGCUUGGAUUUCUAUAAUACACUAGAUUACCGAUCGUAUUGGGACAUCUGGGAUAUGCCAUUGUUAAUCUGUUGGGUUUAUUAAGGAGUCAGACCACCAUUUUCAGCCAUAACAGCUUCAACUCUCAAGGUUUAGGAGUGUGUUUAUAGGAAUUUAUCACCAUUCUUCCAAAA